UCCUGAUGAAUGGGAAGAGUAUGGAGCAGGGCUGAUUGUUGCACCAUGCUUCAUUCACAAGCAGUAAAUAAUGAAACCCCAACUGAAGAGUUAUCCCAGCCGUACUGUGCUCAUCCUUGCAUCCUCUGAGGAUACACUUGGCGGUAACCAGAAGACAUUCAGAUUUUAGUAAAUCUAUGCAAUAAACCUAGGGCUUUCAAGUUCUGUAAACUUCUGGGAUCGAUUCCGAUGUGUGCAAUCUUUUAUACCCCGAAGCGUUUGGUAAAUCAGUAGCAGCCUGCUACUGUCUGUGGGACGAAGAGAGGAAGGAGAUUACACGUUAAUGUACUUUGUCCGAAUCCCGUGAACAUGUGGAAACUGCUGCUUUUGUGCUCAUUCUGCCAUUUCAAUGCACACCGUGCAGUAUUUGCAGUAGAGCUUCAGCCUGACAUGUCAAAUGUUUGCCCACAACAUGAACUAGCUAUGGUGAGCCACAGGCAACCCUGUGUGCAAGCUUUUACUCGAAUGGUCAAAGUUUGGAAACAAGGCUGCUUGGCACAGCGAUGGUGUAUGGGGUAUGAAAGAAGGACUGCAUAUUACACUGCUUACAGGCAGGUAUACUCCAUGGAGUAUCACGUUGUUUACAAGUGCUGCCCAGGAUGGAUGCAACAGGAGGGACAACCAGGCUGUUUACACAGAGUAUGUCUGCAGGGUGCGUGCUUCAAUGGUGGGAAAUGUGCUGAAGGUGGAUCCCUGAUUUGUCAGUGUCCAGUUGGAUUUCAAGGGUCACACUGCCAGUAUGUGAAGCUUCUAGAAGAUUACUUUUACCUGUCUUUGCUGCUGUUACAUUUAAUAAAUUCACCUACUACUUGUAAAGCAGGCAUUGCACAUCUGGAUGCUGAUAUUUCUUCUUCUAUUGCAAAGAUUUCAGCCAGUAAGUCAGUAGGAAUUCAGUCCUGA